UACAUGUUGGUCUACAACAGCGGGCGCCGUUUUUUUUUUUCAAUUUUUUCUGUUCAGAAAAUAAAACGAAAGAAAAGUCGAAGCGUUAACGAAAUAAAACUAAAUGAUUAAAUAAAAAAGAAAAAUAUCGCAUUAUGGCUAAUAAAACUUACCAUCGGGCAUUUGGUGAACUACCAUCUAUACUAUACACAAGCUUAAGCAAUCAUCUGACUUCCGAAUUUGGCGAAUUAAACGAUAGCGUUCUUUUAUUAUUGGACGAUCAUCAUCAUUCCCAUUAUAGCAUUUUUGAGUAUCACGACACCACCACAAUAUUGAUAAUGAUAGUGGCAUGGCUUCUCUUAAUAUUAGGCUUAACUUUGUGUUGCUGUUCUCAAUGCAUUCAUAGGACUCUCGGUGGUUUAAAUGGGCCUAUAAGCAACGAAUUGACUGACAACAAUAGCAGUAACAGUAACAGUAGUAGCAUAACAAUCCCGGAAUAUGAUCAGACUUACAAUUUAUUGUGAUAGAAUUCUCUUAGCAUCUAAGCUAAGAUCAUGAAUAGAUCUGACUGGAUAUGAUGGGUGAAAAAAUGUCAAAUGUCUGGAUGCUUUUGAUUGCCAAUUAACGAAAUAUCUUAUACUAUUUGCGAGUAUUGAGUAUAUUAAGUAAGUUGGCUCAAAUUUGUGUAAGGACUUGAGAUACAUUCAGAUUUAAUUGUUUGGAUGU